UUAUAUCAGCUUCACGUACCCAGAGGAAGUCGACGGCGGUUCCCUUUAUCGACUCCGGCGACGGCGGAAAACCAUCUCCGACGACAAUAAUGGGUAAGAAAUCAUCGAGGAAGAAUGGAGUUGGUAAAGCACCUGGUUCAAUUACAUUAAGAGAAGAAUCAGGUGUGAAGAAGAAACAAACUCAUGUUAAUGCGAAAUCGAUGCUGAAAUUGGAGCAUAUAAAAGAUAUUGCUACUUGGGCUAGUGGCGAAGGUUCCAUACCUUCACUUGGUGCGUUUUUUGGGCAGAGAUUAGCUGUAUCAGCUGAGUCUUUGGGUGUUCCACCUGACCCUUCAUUAUUUACUUGUCAAAGGUGUGAAUCUAUCCUUCAGGCUGGCUACAAUUGUACAGCACGGAUUGAGAAGAACAAAAGAAAGGCACGAAAGAAAUGCAAGACAUCCGGUAUUCCCCCGAAGAACUCAGUUGUAUAUGAGUGUCAUUUCUGCUCACAUCGGAAUCUAAAGAGAGGAACCCCAAGAGGCUAUAUGAAAAGCCUAUAUCCAGCUAAAACAAAAACUUUAACAGUUGACCCUGCUAAAUCAGCAACCCGAAAGGCAAAAGUUGAUCCUACUGAAUCAGCAAUGCAAAGAUCUGAACAUUUGGGCACGCAAGUGGCUAGUAUCGCUAAGGCAAAAGUUGAUCCUACUGAAUCAGCAAUGCAUAAGUCUGAACAUUUGGAUACGUCAGUGGCUAGUACUGAUAAGGCAAGAGUUGAUCCUACUGAAACAGCAAUGCAAAAGUCUGAACAUUUGGAUACGUCAGUGGCUAGUAUCGAUAAGACAAGAGUUGACACUACUAAAUCAGCAACCCAAAAGUCUGAACAGUUCGAUGCUUUAGGGGGCAGUACCACAGAUGUAAUAGUUGCAUCUGAACUAGUUGGAGAUGAUCCUAUGGCUGGUCCUGCAACUCCAUUGUCAACAGUUACGGUUACUUCUCUGUUGGAUUCGAAGAAGAGGAAAAGAAAUAGAACAGGGUCCAAAAAGAAAGCUGAACCUCAGGAUGGUUCAUCCAUGACAGAUGCUGAGAAGACUGUCUCAACAUCCAGUAAGAGAAAGAAGAAGUCUUGGACUAGUUUGAAGGAAAUUGCUGAAAGUCAGAGUAGCAAUAGUAGGAAGUUCUCCAAUAUAUCUGUUCCAUUUAUUCUUUGAUUGUGAGAAUUGUAUUUUGCCCGUAGAGCACCCCCUUUUUUGGGGGUUUUCACGCCGGUGUCCGGAGCUCAUAUUGGCGCGCUCUAACUAAAUUCGAAUCGCGCACUGCAGGGUCCAUUGGGAGUUACACUCCCUAACAUAUUUUCUCUCGUAAGUUGUAACAGUAAUUACUGUCCAAUAUUAUAUGAGUAUUUAGUGUACUUUGACAAUUGUUUAGUUUCUUUUU